AUAUAAAGAAAAAAAAAAUGGACCGAUACAUGCCAAUGUGAUCCAAUCAGAUACCGACACCAAUACUGUCCCCUAAAUCCACGCCUGCCAUACAACCUUGCAGUAGUGUAAGCUCGUGGGACUUGUGGGGAAUCAUAUAUGCGCUCAAGACUCCCUGUGAAGUUCUCAGAUCGUUUAGUAGAAGAGGAAAACAGAAGUCGUAGAGAGAGACAGAGAAAGAGAGAGUUACAAGGUUCAACACUCACAGCAACUCAAUCAAAGAAAGAAUGGCCCCUUCUACCUUGACGGCUUUGGUGGAGGAGAAGACGCUUCCAGCAAGCUUCGUGACAGACGAAGACGAGCGUCCCAAGGUAGCAUACAACCAGUUCAGCAACGAAAUCUCAGUGAUUUCUUUGGCAGGUAUCGAUGAUGACUCUAAGGGGAGAAGGGCAGAGAUCUGCAAGAACAUCGUGGAUGCUUGCGAGGACUGGGGUAUCUUCCAGGUCGUCGAUCAUGGCGUCGAUGCCAACCUCAUUUCCGAGAUGACCUCCCUUGCUCGCGAGUUCUUCGCUUUCCCUCCCGAAGAGAAGCUCCGCUUUGACAUGUGCGGUGGCAAGAAGAAGGGUGGCUUCAUCGUCUCCAGUCACCUCCAGUGGAUGCAAGGAGAGGCAGUCCAAAACUGGCGUGAGGUCGUGACCUACUUCUCAUACCCAAUUCGAUCUCGUGAUUACUCGAGGUGGCCUGACAAGCCUGAGGAAUGGAAAGCAGUGACCCAAACCUACAGCGAGAAGCUCAUGGGGCUGGCCUGCAAGCUACUGGAGGUGCUCUCUGAGGCCAUGGGACUCGAAAAGGGAGCCGUCACCAAGGCCUGCGUUGAUAUGGAACAGAAAAUUGUGGUGAACUUCUACCCCAAGUGCCCACAGCCCGACCUCACCCUUGGCGUCAGGCGUCACACCGACCCUAGCAUCAUCACCCUCCUCCUCCAGGACCAGGUGGGUGGCCUCCAGGCCACCAGAGAUGGCGGAAAGACUUGGAACACUGUUCAGCCCGUUGAGGGUUCUUUCGUCGUUAUCAUCGGCGACCAUGGCCACUACUUGAGUAAUGGGAGGUUUAAGAACCCAGAUCACCAGGCAGUGGUGAACUCCAACUACAGUCGGUUGUCAAUUGCCACGUUCCAGAACCCAGCCCCUGAGGCGGUCGUGUACCCAUUGAAGGUCAGAGAGGGGGACAAGCCCAUGCUGGAGGAACCCAUCACUUAUGCAGAGAUGUACAGGAGGAAGAUGACCAAGGAUCUGGAGCGGGUCAGGCUUAAGAAGUUGGCCAAGGAGCAACAGUUGCAGGAACUGGAGAAGACCAAGCUAGAGAGCAAACCCAUUGACGAGAGUUUUGCCUGAAUAUUUUAUACUAAUAUGGUGCAAUGGCCCAAUGUUUCUGAUCCAGGCUCCUCUGUUCCCUGAUGUUCUGGGCCCUUCACUUCUUUGGGGUUUAGAUUGGGCGAUCUCUUCAUCAUCUAAUAAAUAAAGGCAAAAAUAACACUCGUAAUUUAAAGUUGUAGUUGAUGCACUAUUAUAUAAGGGUUUGUCUCUCUAUAACCUAGUUGGUUACAAUUUCAUCUAUAACCUAAUUUACAAAUCCUUAUAUGUCCUUGUGGAAUUUACAUUUUGCAAUCCAAAUCCUCUGUUAUUCUUAAUCUCCUAA